ACCGCUUUGUGUUUCUCUCCUUCCAGGGCUCCAGAGAUCAUCCUGGGCCUGCCCUUCUGUGAAGCCAUCGACAUGUGGUCCCUGGGCUGUGUGAUCGCUGAGCUCUUCCUGGGCUGGCCCCUCUACCCAGGAGCCCAGGAGUACGACCAGAUUCGCUACAUUUCUCAGACGCAGGGUUUGCCUGGGGAGCAUCUGUUGAAUGUGGGGACGAAGACGGCACGGUUCUUCUGCAGGGAGUCUGACUCCCCCUACUCAGCAUGGCGAUUGAAGUCGACUGAUGAGCAUGAGACCGAGACGGGGAUGAAAUCAAAGGAAGCAAGGAAGUACAUCUUCAGCUGUUUGGAUGACAUAGCGCACGUGAACUUGUUGAUGAAUCUGGAAGGUAGUGACCUGUUGGCAGAGAAGGUGGACCGAAGAGAGUUUGUAGGCCUGCUGAAGAGGAUGUUGUGGAUCGAUGCGGAGAAGAGGAUUGCCCCCGUUGAGGCGCUCAGCCACUCCUUUAUGUCCAUGCAACACCUGCUCGACUUCCACAUAGCAACCA